AUGAAGAAGUACGUCCAUCUUGGCUCCAGGAUGGCCCGCGAGCGCAUGGCUGAAGUCCACUUGGUCGAGGUUGCCAAUCGCGAUGAGGCUUCCUGGUGCGAAUGUUGGUCCAAGGUGUUGAAUAAUGCGCAGGUCUUGUUUGAUGGUGUUGCCGCUGCUCGGAAAACGGAUGACUGCUGGCGUCUCCUGGAGAAGCAAUGGUUUGCAGAGUAUAUGAAGAUCGACGCGCCAGACUCAGAUGCCAUGGCUGCCAUGACCAAGAAGGAGCAGGUCGUCAAGGAGCUGGUCGCCAGACGCAUGACGCCUGAGAAGGCGAAGGAGAAUGGUCUCAUGGACGCCUGGAAUACCACGAAGACCACCAUGUUCGAGACGCUGUUGUCAGGAGAGCAGGAGACUGCUGGAGAGAAGGGCGCCGCUGGUGGCACAGCAGCUUCUCUCGGUGGCAACGGUUUCAAACACUCGCUGGUUUUGUUCGGCGAGCCAUCCAACGCCGCGUCUUGGGAAAACCAGGUUGUUGCAUCAGCCGUGCAGGCCUGCAUCCUGCGCGCGUUCCUUGACGAUGGCUGCGAUUUCAAGGAUCGUGGCGUUGCCACGCUUGCUUUCAAGGCUCCAAAGAACGCACCCCUCGGGCUGGUCGACAAGGACAUCAACCGCGCGUACUGCACCAGCGGCAACGUGAUAGAAGGGGAGGACAAGCUGCAGCUGCACUUCGUCGGGCGGGUGUCUGCUGGAACCAGUGGCCAUGCGAUUGGCUUGAAGCAGUACGUGGACGCGGGCUCGGCGAUGGACGCGGGCGGUCGUUUUCUGAUUUCGCCAUUGCCAAGCAUGACGAGCAUGGCUGCCGCGACUGGCAAGCAUCACGUGCCCGCCCCCGCCUGGAUGGUGAGCGGGCUUGGCCCGCCCGAGGUCGAGGCCGAGACUGAGAGCGGCGAACGCCCGCGCAAGAGGGCAAAAUUGGGCGCUGAUGAUGAGGGUGCCGAGGGCCCCGAUCCAGCCGAACCAGCAUUGCCCACCAUGUACCCCGAGACCAUCAAGGCCAACGUGCCAGAGAACGUCGUCGGAAUGCCAGGGGCGACGGUGGACGUCGUCAUGUUGUCUGUCGACGUCGCGCAGGCCCAGAGACAGUGGGACCACGUCGCGGGCGGCUUCCACCUCACUCGCUACUUGUUCGAGUGGGAGCUGGCGGAUGCCAAGCGCCAGGUGGAGAGGAAUAGAGAGAAGGAGAAGGCAAAGCUCGCGAUGGCCACGCCCGAGGGGAUGCUCAAGAAGAUGGCGCGCCAUCUGCUGGAGUAG